CCUGCGGCUUCUGUGCAAUCAAGAACCAGUAAAGGGGGUGAUCAUUUGCAGUAUGUCUAAAGCUGCCUCUUCUAUGGUCGUUUCGAGCGCUGACAACUGAGAAAGAGAUGAUUACCUAGCGGCUGUUCAGCCGUUGAAGAACAAGUAUCUCGACUGGCUGUGAAUUUCCGUUACAGAUGAUCCAAGAUGGAAGCGAGCCGCUAAAAUAGUGCUGAGCUUUCCUGAUGCUGAUCUGUCCCCUGAUUAGACUUGAAACGCAUGAUCGCCAAACUCAUGUACUCAGAGUAAGACGAGAGCCUGUCGAGAGAUAUUGUUCUGACGAAUUGGAGGUAGCUUGAACUGUCCGGCAGCCGUUAUUGAGAGUCUCGACAUGGCUCAGGUCAAAGCGCGGAUCCAUACGUUGCUGAUGACCAUCGAGCUCUAGUUUUCCAACCUUGUCCUGACCAUGCCCUCUAUCAUCUCCCAGACUUUGCUUUUUCUUCACAGACGGGGCUAGAAAGAUAAUUUAGCGAGACAUUAGGACGCGUACUGCUCUUAGAACCUUUGACCUGGCGAGUAUAAGAGGGGCGUAGAGUAGCAAGCCAAAUUAUCGUCUAUCACAGUCAGUACCCAUCGGAUUAAUACAUUUCGUUCUCUUUCCAUAACUCAGUUCCGUAUCCACAAAUGGCCCCAUCAAAGAGUCCUAGUCCCGUGGACGCCAUGAUUGUCAACAUCCCUCAGGAACUCGAGCCCAAGGGCCCCAGUGGUACUGUUAUUAUACCAAAAAGUCAGUCCAAGAACAAGAAAGCCGCCGCCUCUGGCGAAGCCAACUCCAAGGCCUGAUUUUGCAACCAAAUCCAUCGAAUCAACACACAAGACCACCCUUUGGGUAUUGAGCUACGGAUGAUGGUCAAGAAGCACGAACAAAAUAUGCACGGUAAAAUAUACGAAUGGUCAUGAACUGUAAAGUUCGAAGCAUCAUGGUUGUCAAAGAUUGCAGCAAAGGAAUUCAUGGCUCUGAGAACAAAUUCAAAAGCUGUGGUUAUUCAGGUAGCACCAGGACUUUGACGGGGAUAUAAUUUCGAUUCAUUUAAUGAUUUUACAUUAUUUAGAUAGGAUAAUAGGCACUUUAUUGGAACAUCGAAACAUUGAAAAUCCUGAAGGAUAAAAGUGCC